UCAAUCCUGAUCUACUUGACGAAGUAGUGAGAUUUUUCAGGAAUUGUGCUGUAUAGAAAUCUGAACCUAGUGUUAUCUCGUUGGUUGCAUUUAUUUUUGCCGCUUUGGGCUUUUGUAUGUUCUGACUAUAUUACGUUCUUUCAUAGCUGCGGAGUCCAGGUGAAAAUGGCAUCCGGCUUCACAUUCGGGUUCUCAGGAGACGAUGUCGAUAUCGACGAAUCAGACCCUCAAUUUGAUGGGGGCGAUGUUCAGAACCAGAACCAAACUUCUCGGAAUGGAGAGGAGAGUCAACCUUUAGUUGAGGCGAAGAGAUGGGAUGGUGAGGAGUGGCUAUCAACGCUUCCGUCUCAAAUAUCUUACAACAAGGUCUCAAUUCCUUCUUCCACCAAUGGCGGCAAGGAUGUUGCCCUUGGCCGUCGAGAAGUCUUUGAUAUUCGUACCCAGCUGAUGGCCGAGGACGAUAACGAUAACGAUGAACUCAUCUCUGGGCUCGAGGAAGGUGAUAUCAAACCGAAUUUCUACGAGGGCGGUUUUAAAACCUGGGAAUGUGCAUUGGAUCUGGCGAGGAUGAUGGCUUCUGAGGAGGGAAAGGAACUACUCCUAGAUAAUGGUUCUGAUGGGACCGAUGUGCAUAUUAUCGAGCUCGGUGCCGGAAGUGCGAUGCCUUCCCUCUCCAUCUUCGCACAACUACUAUCUCUCCCGAAGUCUCAAUCGUCGAGAAGAGUCCAUUUCACCUUUGCGGAUUAUAACUCAGCCGUGCUGCGUCUUGUCACGGUGCCGAACCUUCUUCUCACAUGGAAGCUGAAUUCUCAUAAAGAAGCCACGACAUCCACAGGACCAACUGCUGAGCAACAAGCAGAGGAGAAAAAGGAAGAAGAAGAAGAAGAAUUGGACAUCGAUCCGUCUCUACUCGACGCAUUCCGCACAGACCUCAAAGACAGAGGCAUAACCAUCGACUUCAUCUCCGGAGCCUGGUCUCCUGAAUUCGUAGAACUCGCCUUGACGGCGCAACGAGAUCAUGAAGGAAGACCAUGGCGGACACUGAUCCUCGCUAGCGAAACGAUCUAUUCUCCGUCAUCUCUCGGUGCGUUCUCGGAGACAUUGCUGUCAUUACUGCGUAGAUGCGAUGCUGGUGGACCAACAACCGGCUCGCGACAAACCAGGGGGCUGGUGGCGGCGAAAAAGGUCUACUUCGGCGUGGGUGGAGGGGUCGAUGAGUUUCUGGCCGUGCUUAAUGAGAUGGCUGGUGAGGCGGUGGAGGUGCAGCAAAGAGUGGAGGUGAAAACUGAGGGGGUUGGGAGGGUUGUGCUACAGGUCAAAAUGGCUAGUUCAAGUUGAAACUUGAAAGGAGGCCUGGACCCGGUGGCAGGAAAAAGGAAAAGCAAGAAUAAGAGACACGCAUGAGGCGGUCAGUAAUUAUAGAAAUUGAUGGGCUUCCGUUUCUUAGAUUUACAUCUGUUUCAAUGAUCCUCCGUCCCUUAGUAGUAGAUUCUCCCUAAAAAUAGGUGUGUUCGAUAGAUACGGAGGAGAAUUCUCCACUAACUAAA